AUGACAUCCGAAACCCCACCGACCAUCCUCGUCGUCGGCGCAACAGGCCAACAGGGCGGCGCCGUAAUCAAUGCUCUCCUGGGAGACCGCAGCCCGUCCACGUCGGAGCCGCGCGUGCUGGCUCUGACGCGCAACACCCAGUCCGCCAAGGCCCAGCAGCUCGCCCGCACACACCCUGCCGUCGAGCUCAUCCAGGGCGACAUGACCAAUCCGGAGCAGGUGUUUUCAUCCGCCGCCACCAGCACCAUCACGUCCAUCUUCGUCGUCACCACGCCCAACCACGGCCGCGGUCCCGGCGAGGACGAGGUGGCCAUCCCUUUUAUCGACGCGGCAGUUGCACAUGGCGUGGAGCGCGUGGUCUUUAGCUCGGUCGAUCGAGGCGGAGACGACAAGAGCUGGACCAACGCGACCGACGUGCCGCACUUUCGGCAGAAGCACCUGGUCGAGCUGCACCUUCGCGACAAGCUAAAGGCCGGAGGUGAGCAGCAGCAGCAGCAGCAGCAGCAGUUCAGCUACACGAUCGUGCGCCCCGUCGCCUUCAUGGACAACAUGAACCCGGGAAUCGCCUGCUCCGUCAUGGCGGCGGCGUGGGCGUCUGCGCUCUCGCCAGGCAGGAAGCUGCAGCUCGUGAGCGUGCGCGACGUCGGGAGGGUCGCGGCGCGGGCGUUACUGGCCGACUACGACGACGGCGAUCAUGGGCACAGGUACAAGAACGCCGCGAUCGGCGUGGCAGGUGAUGAGUUGUCUCUGGAGGAAGUCAAGGAUGUGUUUACCCGCGUGACUGGCAAGAGUCUGCCGCAGGCCUGGUGGCCCGUGGGUGGGCUGCUGUUGUGGGCUCUUGGGGAACUGGGCAGCAUGUUUGGCUUUUUCGAACGUGAGGGUUAUGGUGUCGAGCUCGAGAAGAUGACAUCAGACGAGGCGGGACCUAUGUUGAACUUUGAGGCUUGGCUGAAGGAGGAGAGUGGAUGGAUGAAGACUUGA